AUGCUUCAAUGGGCCAUAGAAUUGAGUGAAUAUGGAAUCGAGUUCCAACCCAGAUUGUCCAUAAAAGGCCAAGUGAUGGCUGACUUCGUGCUGGAAUACUCCCGAAGGCCCUCCCAACACGAGGAGCCAAGCGAAAAACAAUGGUGGACUUUGCGGGUUGAUGGGGCCUCCCGGUCAUCCGGAUCCGGGGUAGGACUCCUGUUGCAAUCCCCAACCGGAGAAUAUUUGGAGCAAGCCAUCCGGCUGGGAUUCCCCGCCUCUAACAAUGAAGCAGAAUACGAAGCCAUUUUAGCCGGAUUGGACCUCGCUCUGGCUCUAUCCGUCUCGAAACUCCGAAUUUAUAGCGAUUCCCAACUUGUGGUAAGACAUGUUCAGAAAGAAUAUGAAGCCAAGGAUGCACGCAUGGCGCGAUACUUAAACAAAGUAAGGGACACCUUGCAGCGAUUCACCGAAUGGACGAUUGAGAAAAUCAGGCGGAUUGAAAACUCGCGUGCCGACGCCCUAGCAGGCAUAGCCGCUUCUCUUCCCGUCAAAGAAGCUAUACUAUUGCCUAUAUAUGUGCAAGCCAAGUCUUCCGUCGUUGAAACCUCCACUUGCCAUACCAUUGAGGAAAGCAAAACAGUCGACAAAGGCUGGAUGAAAGCCAUCAUUGAGUAUCUCCGGACAGGCACCCUGCCCGAAGAAACUAAGCAAGCACACAAGAUCCGGGUGCAAGCCGCCCGCUUCACCCUAAUAGGGGAACAUCUGUACAAGCGAUCCUUUACAGGUCCCUACCUCAGAUGUCUAAAUCAUUCAGAGGUGUUGUACGUAUUAGCUGAAUUGCACGAGGGAGUAUGUGGAAAUCAUUCCGGAGGUCGGUCUCUGGCGCACAGGGCCCAUUCACAAGGUUAUUACUGGCCCACGAUGAAAAAGGAUGCGGCGGCAUAUGUUAAAAAAUGUGACAAAUGUCAAAGGCAUGCCCCCAUUCCACACAUGCCGUCAGGAGAAUUGAAAACAAUCUCAGUACCCUGGCCCUUUGCACAAUGGGGCAUGGACAUAGUAAGACCUCUACCAGCCGCACCCGCCUAG